AUGGUCGAGAUUACAGAGGCAAUAUAUAACACCGACCUGGACUACCCCAUAGCUUCAACUGUGGACCCUGAGAACUCCUAUACGCCCUACGAACAGAGACCAGAGACUUACAUAGUUCCUGUGCUAUUCUUCAUCAUCUUCAUUGUAGGGGUUUUGGGAAAUGGAACACUAGUUAUCAUUUUUCUUCGACAUAGAGCUAUGAGGAAUGUUCCAAACACAUAUAUUUUCUCGCUGGCUUUGGCGGACCUGCUGGUAAUCAUCACUGUCAUUCCCUUCACGUCCAUUCUCUAUACGGUGGAAUCUUGGCCAUGGGGCGUCGUGGUGUGUAAAGUCGCCGAAACCGCCAAGGACAUCAGCAUUGGAGUGUCCGUCUUCACACUCACUGCCCUCUCGGCAGAGAGGUAUUGCGCCAUCGUAAAUCCUCUAAGAAGAUUGCAGACUAAACCCUUGACAGUGAUCAGUGCAGGAAUGAUCUGGUUGUUGGCCACAGGAUUUGCCCUCCCUGAUGCUAUUUGCUCUAGGCUGAAUCACGUCGUUAUACCAGACAGCAACAAGACGAUCACUUUCUGCUCCCCCUUCCCGAACAUCACCAACUUCGAGACGUACGCGCAGUACAACAUCGCAAUCAAGUCACUGAUCUACUACUUCAUCCCCCUGACCAUAAUCGCCUUCUUCUACGUGUUGAUGGCCAUACGACUCCACCACAGCGCCAACGAGAUGCCAGGAGAGAUCAGAGGAACCCAGAGCGUGGCUCAAGCCAGAGCCAGGAGACACGUGGCCAGGAUGGUGCUCAUAUUUGUAUUCUUGUUUUUCAUCUGUUUCCUGCCUCAUCACGUCUUCAUGCUGUGGUUCCACCUCUACCCCAACGCGCAGGAGGAGUACAACGACUGGUGGCAUGCCCUGCGGAUAAUAGGAUUCUGUCUGAGCUUCCUGAACUCCUGCGUCAAUCCCGUGGCACUCUACUGCGUGAGUGGCGUUUUCAGAGCCCACUUCAACCGUUAUUUGUGCUGCAGGGAUCCGAGGUGGCCUAGGAACACCCUCUCCGCCGCCAACUGCGAGACGAGCUUCAAUUCGACCUACAGGAGGCACACACAGCUUAAAUAUUUUAUUAGAAGAUUAGGUAACACCACGUUGGACAACCAAAGCAUCUAUAGAAAAGGCACUAUAGCUAGGAAAAAUCUGGACGAUACCACCUCUCUGACCUUAACAAUAGCGAACAAGAACGACAUCAACGAAGUGGGGAUCAAGAACACCAUGAUCCUGCGCAGCGAGAUGGAGAUAGACAAGGGCGGGUACUGCAGCUGA